AGUUUUCUUAACUUUUCGUUAUUGUUUACAGAUCAUCACUACUGCUACAAUGGGAGACCAGAUCAGCUGUGUCAUAUGCAAAGAGACAUACACAAGUGGAGAAAGGGAACCUGUGAUGCUACCUGAAUGUGGUCAUACCUUCUGCAGGCAUUGUCUUAACAGUCUUCCUGAAGCUAUUUGCCCCAUCUGCAAGAGACCCCACGCCGGGAAACCUGUAGCAGAAUUGCCGAUAAAUUUUGCUCAUUUAGCAAUAGCAGACUACCUGUCGAGUGACAAGGUGAGAGAAUACCUUGAAAAAUGUCCCAAGCAUGGCCUGCCACUCGAUCUAUGGUGCGCAGAUUCCGAGAGAGAGCUUUGUACAAGGUGUUACUUCGAGGAAACAAAACAGUCACACGAGCAGUUCAUAUGUAUUGAACAAACAAGGCAGAAGAUGGUCAAUAUUAUAGAAAAGCAAGUCUACUUAGCCUUAAAGCAUUCCUUGACAAUGGAUAAGGGGAAUAGUUGCCGGAACGUUUACACAAAGAGACUGAAUGAUAUUCUAAGAGGUGGAAAGCCAUUUUUAGGAAAGCUAGAAAAGCUCAAAAUGCUUUUGCCUCCCGCUGACAACGAGCCAGCCAACUCUGCCGACAAUAGGGAGGGAGAAGGCCAAGGUAAGACCACUUUUUGUCUUGCCUUGAACACAGACGGCCGGAAAGCAAGACUGACCUGGGAGCAAGGAAGCCUUAAUCUUUACGCUCUAUCGGAUGAAUAUGUCGACGCUCGCAUCAUGGUAAAGAUGUCUGAUAUUCUUUUGAUGAUCCCACAAGAAAACCCAGUGGUGUUCCUAGACGUAGCCAACGCAACCGGCAAACUGGGCCGCGUCUGCAUCAGAGUUUGGUCUCACUUGCGGCGCGGCCAGCAGUUCCUGGCGUUGUGCCAGGGUUAUCUCGGCCCCACGCUCAGGGGGUCAAAAUUUCUGGAUGUAGUGGUGGAAAGCGAAGCUACAUGCCUUCGCGGAGGUCAUUAUCUGAGUGAAGAUGGCCCCACUGCAAAGGCGCUGAUGGAUAACCUGGAGUGGAACGGAAACCAUGAACUUCCAGGACGCAAGGGUUACAUUACGGGCUGGAGUUACCAAGCAGUAGAGUAUGAAACUCUUUUUGGUAUAUUAUUGAAUGACUCCCAUGCUAAUUUCUGCUGCCCCUUUGGCGAGGUGGUUGAGGGCAUGUCAGUGGUAGAGAAAAUUGCCAGUUGCAGCGCGGUGCGAGAUGUAACCAUUGUGGAAGUGGGGAGAGUGAUUCCUGAGUUCGUCACUGAGGAAUAGCUAUAACUGGAUAAAUGCAUUUAAGUUUUAGUGGGAAAAGUAGAGGUGGCUUAACUGCAUCUUGUAUCGCUAUUUUUGUGUGUUUGCUUACUUUUUAGUUUGUAAGGUUAGAUACAAACAUUCAGUAUAUCAUUAUACCGCGCACACGCACACACACACAUACCCACACACCCACGCCCACACGCACACCCACAUCCACACCCACACCCACACAUACCCACCUGUACCCACGCACACAUAUACCCACAUACCCACACACACACA